CGUCGUCGUCUGUCGAUCCUUGAACGAAGGGAACCAAAUAACUUUCACCUGCUUUUCCCUCUUGUGUGAUAAGUCGUCGGUCAGUUUGGUGGUUUCAAAAUUGGAAAUCGAAAGCUAUUUUGUUGGUCUAGCCGUGAUUGAAUAAUCGUUCAAUUGUUAUUGUAGAGAAAUAAGAUACCCAAAUGGCUUUGUAGUUAUUUGUGACCAAGUGACUGAUGGGCAGUUUGACAGGUCAAUGUUUUGGUAGUGUUUAAGUAGUGCUUGGUUUAUUAACGAAUUAAUCCCAUAAUUUGACAUCAAAUGUACGCGAAAGUGUAUUAUAAACGUGACGCGAUGGCUCGACGUACCAUGACCUUUUUCCAGCUAUAUGCACAUUCGAAUUUUGUUCAAAAGAGCAAAUCCAGGUGGAAAUUUGAUUCAAGAGUCGUCUAGUUGAUGAUUCUCCUCCUAGAACGGUAAUGAUGUAAUCAAUCAUUGCAUUCCGUAACGCCAAAACGGCCAAUUGUAACGCGCACCAGCGACGCUUCCGUUUUGGCGACGCAGCGCUUCGUCACACACGUCACUUCGCAGCGCCGCUUGGUGUAGCCGAUAAAAAAAGCUCUCUCAUACAGAAAGCUCGAUCUCUCGAACGGACGCGCUCGUGUUGUCUCGGUCGCGUAAACGGUUUUCGAACGGCGUCGCGCGAGGGAGAAGGCAGCAAUCCGAGUGCGGCUGACGAAAUCGAAACUCAACUCCUGCCUGGCUGCUGGUUGGCUGACUGACCCACACGGUGAGCCAAGAAGCAAAAUCGUCAUACUCGUGUGAGAUCAGUCUAUUGGAUAGGAGGCAGAAGCAGCGCAUUUUUUCGUUUGGUCUCGAGUUCGGAAAAUUUUCCUGUUCUGCGACAGGAUUUCGACCGUUUCACGUGGAUAAAUCCGCGGAUUAGACCGCGAAGGUGUUAAUUUCGGAGUGGAAAACCCGUCGAUCGGAAGUGGUACUGCGUAAAAUCAAAGUGUGCGCUGGUGAAAAAUCUAUUUCGAAUGCGAAAUGCGCUUCCUGCUUGGCUCGGUCUUUUUUCACUGCCUCUCUUGAUACAUGUGUGAGUAGUGAGCGACGGCAGCGGAGGAGUGAGUUUCUCAUGACCGAUGAGCAGUGAACGUCGUCAGCUCACGGUUGAUUUUUUUUUUCGGUCCGUCCGUCGCUCGAUGUAGUGAAAAAAGGGAAAGAAGUUGUAAUCUAUCGCUUUUCGGAGCCUUCAAGGAGGUGUUGUGCGGAGGGAAGGAAAUUUCUGACGAAAGCAGCCACCAGAAGAACCUCUUCGUUUGGAAGUUUUGAAGCUACGGAAGUGAAAAGCCCUUUUCGUGGAGUACAGUGAAAAACGCAUUUCCUUGCAUAAUUUGCCGUGAAAUCCCAGUGUGAGUGGUUUGAUGCGGUUUUCUUGGGAAGGUGCUUGAGUUGACGGAGUAGAAAAAUCGAAAUUUUCAACCGUAAAGAAGCGACGGGAAAACGAUUUUCGCCGUGUGUGAAAGGAGACGUGUUAGCAGCAGGCAUUGAAGGAAAAAAAGACCAUCAGAUCACAGCCGUUGUUGAAGUUGUAUUGGUGUGAGCAGCAGCGGUUCAUUCGGCUGUUUUCGUUGGGUGUGCGUGUGUGAUCACCGGAUCAACCCCAUCGGAUCCCAUAAUCACAUGGGGCGACCUCUCGAUCAGAGUGGGCAAUAUGAUACUUGGCCGACGGUAGCAAUUUGCUCAAUGCAGGUACAAGUGAAGUGAAUUCGUGCUAGAUUAGAUUCGAGACGAAGUCAGUCGGUAAGUGCGCGCGCGGAGCUCGGAGCUGUGCAUCGAGCUGAGCCGGCUUUUUCUCAUUUGGAAACCGGCAGGGCAGUCCAAAGUUGUAUAUGAGUGAGAGUCAGCGGAGACCGCCACCGCGCUGCAUAUGUGUUUGUGUGAUUAAGGUGCAACUGAGGAAUAAGUGAGGAAAUUUCACAGCCGUAGAAAAUACGAGUACAUGAUCGUCGUUUCGAGCCGGUUGGCAUAAAGCGAAAGAAAAAAGUGAAAUAGUAAAGUACAAGCAUUGUCACACAUUGUUGUUUAUGAGAGGUGUAUUGCGGGGUGAAAGGAAAGAAAAAAGAAGAUUAAGCCGGCUGGUGCUGUGUUAUGUGAGUCGAGUUUUCUCAUUUUGGGGGGUGGACGUAUGCGUGAAUGGGAUUGGCUGGCGCUGCGACGAACGCGUUGAUUAAAAGUCCCAAUGAGGAGAUGGCUCCAGCGCUCACCGAGCCGCUGAGUCAAAGCAAACUCUCGUCAUCGGCAGCAUCAGGUGCAUCCCCCCGUACGGAGGUGGAAAUCACCACUCAACAGGAAGCGCCAAGUAGCGCCACUACGGAUUCCGGUGCCGGCACGGUGUCGACAAAUCCCAGUGAAACGGACGUUACGCUGAGAGACAACACAUCAUCAUCCGGAAUCGAGCAAACAGUAGACGAUAUCCAGAACAACAACAGUAGUGGAGGACAACUGUUGAAGAUUGAUCCGGAUAGUGGAAAAGAUCUCAUUGAGCUGGCUCUAGAGCAGCUCCAUCGAGAUGAUAGCGAAACAACAGCAGCCGAUGGUGCUACUGCAGGGGGUAGUACUGAAAACGCUGCCGAAUUUAUUUCUCAGGCUGUGAUAGAACAGAUGGCGCACGCUGACAUCGUUACCAGUGACCAAAUUGUAUCCGGUGACCAUCAAUCUGAUUUACAGCAACUGGACUCCCAGUCGUCAAUUGUGUCCAGUUCCAGUACAGCGAUGGGUCUGCAGAAAGAUUACCUAAAAGAUAAUCCAGAUAUGGAGCAAAUGUUGGGCGAGUUGGCAUCCACGUCGGAUAUGGAACUCCUGCAGGUGUUCAAAAGCUUGGAAGGUAAUCCGAGUAGCGAUGGUCUGUGUGCCGAACUUGCAGGUGGCCUAUCGCUCUUCAAUGACGUAGACGUGGUUAACAUAUACGAGGAAGUCGCCCAACAAACGCCUCCUAAUAAAGACCACGAGCGACUGGAAUUGCACGCCGAUAUCGUCAAGCGCCAAGCGCAAAUGCAGCGAAAAUACGACUUCCUGAUUCGGCGUCUCAAUAAGCUUCAAGCGCGCUACAUGGGACAACACGUAAGCGAAGAAAUAGCUGGCCUCUUUGAAUACUCCCAACGCUAUUGGAAGAAGAAAGACAAGGAACAUACCAAAGGCCUCAACACGGGAUCCAGCUCCGCGUCUCCAACGUCUUUGAUCCCGGACAUCAUUCCCUACCAACCGCCUCCGCCGUCGUCGGCCGAAAAAUUGAAACCCAUUUCGACGAACGCGAUGAAAACGUUUGUCAAACGGUUGGAGGGAAUCGCCACAACCCAGUGCUCAACGCAAACCAAACGGAUUUAUGGCAAUCGGUACUUUCAAGGAACGGCCAGCAGUCCACCGGAUGCGAUGGCGACUACCACCUACACCACGCUGUCUACGACGAUUCCCAAGUUCGAAGAUUUGACGAUCGAUCAGCUGGAGCAGACGGCCGGACUGCUGCACUCGGAACUGAAACAGGUGCAGUGUACGAUCGACUCCGAGGCAACGGCCAGCAGUUCCGGGGGCGAAUCGGCCGACGAGAUGGUCAUGUACAACAAUAUGAUCCAGCAACCGAUGGGAAUUGCUAAACGGGCAGCGUGGCGAUGGGCCAAAGAUCGUGCUUCGGUAGCGGCUCGAUGGACCUGGCUAUUGGCACAGAUCUCUGACCUCGAAUACCGCAUCCGACAGCACAACGAACUGCACAACAAGAUUAAAAUCAACAAAGGUGCCGUUGCGCUGGAAGAUCCAGCACCUUCGUUGUCCCAACAACCUCCCUCGCAGCAGUCCGUCAACGGAUACCGGGGAACUCUGCCCGGUAACAGCAAGCCGUUGGAUGACGGUUCUGACUCCACCACGAGUACAGCUCAUAAUGGAGCGUACGACCAAAGCGGUGGCUCCUGUCGGACACGAGCCUUUCAACGGAAUGGAUUUCGAAAGCGGAAACUACUGCAGACUGCAAAUCUGCAUACCAUUUCCAAGAAGGCUGCCCGACCUAGCACCGUCAAAUGUGGUUGUGCGUGGCCGUUACACCCUUGUGCAUUGUGUACCGGCCGACAAGACCCUACAGCACCAAGGGAUCUACCCGACACGAUGCCGGCAUCGGACAGGGUGGCACUAUUGGAUCCCUGCUUCCAUCCGAUAUUAAGCUUCCCCGAAGACGUGUCCCACAGUAUACACUUCGAGGCGAUCAUGCGAAUACCGGAGUGGCAGAACAAGAUGAUUCGUUGUACGGCAAAAUCGCUGAACAAAAGCAUCGCUCAGAAGGGUUCCGCCGGUGAAUUCGCUUCCACCGGUUCGUCUCCACCGAUCGUCGGAAUGCUGCCCUCCAGUGCCACUCCUUCGUUCCUUUCGUCCGGUGACGAAGCAACGACACCCCUAUCCGGAGGCAACAAGAAAUACGGUCCGGACGGAAAACGGAAGUACAACAAACACAAGCAUGGUUCACAAGAGCAGCCAAAUCACAAACUCAAAAAAUCGAAAUCUCGGCAAAAUCUACUGUCUGCCGGCGGUAGUCGAAAGCCCUCUUCUGUCGGUUAUCCUCCCGGUGCCAGUGGUCAGUACGGUGCUGCCAGCGGAUACGGUGCCACUCCGGGAGGAAGCUCCAACAAGUACUACAAAAGUUCCAGCAGCAAGUACCGGAAAUCGUCGCAUUCGUCAACGACGAUGCCCAGCGGCGCGGGUGGUAGUCACAGUCGCUAUAACAGUGGCGGUUAUGAUUACCUGGAUCCUACGGGGAUGCAUCACGACGGUGCUGGCAGCGGUAGCAGCAGGAGCAAGAAUUCAUCCCCGACGCCGAACCAUCAUCGAAAUGAACGGAAAAGUCGAACCUCGUACGACAUUGAUAAUAUUGUUAUUCCGUAUAGCGUAGCCGCAGCAAAUAGAGUAGAAAUUCUUCAGUAUAAGGAAAUCGCAACACCAAAAUGGCGCGUCGUCGGCGAUAACGAGGAAACCACCGAAUUGGAUAGCACUGCAAACAAACCCCUCGAUAGCACGACGGAUUCGGGCAUCGCUAUUACUAGUCACCCUGUAAAGACAGAAAACAGUGAUCUGAGGCCAACAGAAAGUAAGCAACUGGCUACUCCAAAAGUACCUGCAACAGCCGGCACCAUCAAACCAACCCAGUCGGUCUCGGAAACAGUUUUACCAGUAUCUACAAACAUUGCUUCCGAUGUUACCAAAUCACUGUCAGAGGGACAAUUGAUUGUGCUGGCAGCGAUCGAGGAGGAGGAUAUUUCCGAUGAGACGAUAUUGGUUAAACAUGAUCGAGCCCUGCAGGACGAACGGAAAAAAUUCCGAACUUACAUGAAGUUCCCCUGGAGUAGGCCCCGGGCAAACCGACGAAUCGAUAGUCGAGCGGAAUCCAGUGGUGGUAAUACUCCGGAUCCAACGUCGCCUGCACCACCUACUCCUCUGGUGGAUCAAGAGUCCAAUACUUCACCUGCAUGCCCUUCAACGCCACUUACGCCGCUGGAUUCUCUAGAACUGUCUGAGACGAACGUCAUCAAUGCUCUGAACCAGAGUCUCUUCAAGAAAGAGCGAAGGCGAACCGUUUCCACCAAAACUACUAAGGAUGAAAUUCCACGCAGCAAUUCUCCGGAUAUCCGAGAGAUAAUUCCACCGUACGAGCCACUUGAGUUUCCCCUGCCGGACGAUAUGUACGAAGACAUGGUACGUACGAUGCCGAGUGACCACCUGGCCCUGGUGGAAGAUGCCAUAAGUAAGCUGACGCGCCCGAAUCGACCUAACAACAAUGUACUGCUGAUCAACCGGAACAAUCUGAAUCUGGUUCCCUCUAGCAGUGGCCAUAUUGAAAAUCCUUUAAGUUCAAACCUUUCCACAACCUCGACGACCCUCUCGGCGACCGAAAAUGAUCCGGACGAUUUGGACUGCGACUACGAUGAGCUUUUGCAGGCCAAGAAACUUGAAAACAAAAUCAUCAUGGAAAAGUUACUGAAUAGCUGCGACGAGAAUCGAAUGUUCGUUGGGGUGCGUGAAGUGUUGGAUGAUGACGACCCUAUGGAUGACGAGGAAACCGACACUGGCGAAUCGCUUUUUGUAGAGGAAGACGAUCCAAACGAUCCUGAAUGGUACGAUCGGCCAGGACGGGGUCGAACGUAAAUUGAUGCCCUUUUUCCCUACCUUCAUCAGGAAAGGCUCUGAUCUCGAUCACCGCAGGAGUUUGGUUUCAUAAUUUCGGUUUGUUAUUUCUUUCCUUAGGCUACAGCUUUCGUUUUAAUUUUUUUUUUACAAAGUAGGCUCUAACCGAUAGCAUUCUCCAGUAGCUGUGUGUACAGAUAGUAAUGAUUCGUGUUUAAGACAAGUACCAUUGAGGAAACAAAAAGCACAGAGGAAAAAUAUGACCAUUAUUUACUUAUGUCUAACAAUUAUUUCACAUAUGCAACAAACCCCAAUGAAUUUCGUUGUAGAUUCAGCUACACUUUACUAAAUGUAGGUAUUUUGUUAGCAUUCAAUAUGGAUAAUAGAAUGUUUGAUUAAGCUGACAAAAAUCUCUCACCACAGAUCGCCGGGCAUUACACUACUCUCAAGAUUUAAAAUAAGAAGAACAAAAGAAUAAUCACAUAGAGAAUAACCUUACAUCAACUACAAAAUUAGCAUAUGUUGAAACGUUUUACACACAAACAAAAACGGUAGACAUCUGUGAAUAAAGGCAGAUAGUUAAGUCAAAACGAACGCGUGAGAAACACACCCGGAAAAUUCCUGUUUUCCUGUGAAUUUGUAAAUAUUCCACUUCACUGUAACGCCACAACCUGUCACAUAACCUAAAUUUCCAGCUGUGUUUAAUUUCCCUCUGCUUUCCUCAGGAACAUGAGUUUGUAGAUUUAAAAUAUAACCAAUUGUGAAUACAAACUCAAUGAUAAUAAAUAUUUACGAUUAUUUGAACCUUCUGUUAGUAUUUUUUUAUAGGGAAAAAGUAAGUUUUCCGAUAAUUUUCAUUGUCAAUUUGGUUUAUUUUAUUCUGAAAAUUUUAUCGUUGGCAAGGGUUAUUGAAGCAAGUGUUUUUGCAUUAGGCAGAAAGCUAAGAAAUAAAAUACAACAAAAAAAAUCGUCAUAACCCAGUAGUACGUAAGGUUUCUUGAUCGAAAUCAGACAUAAAAGAAAAAAUUAAAAAAAUACAAACUGUAGAAUAACUGCAGAAUUAAAUAAGUGUAGGGCAGAAAAAUAAAAUCUGUCAUCAGAAAACUUGUCAUAAUAAAAUGCUCGGCGCUUGGCUUCUUGUUAGGACAGAAUGCCCACGGUCGGGAUCAUUUUUUGAAACCACG